AUCUCAUGAAUAAUUACCAACCACUUCUGAGACGUGUCCUGGGCCACUGUUUAGUAACUUGUGUUCUAGAAGAACCUUUGUGAAAAAAGUUACAAAAUGAGUUAUCGUUUCAAUUCUCCAUCAUCGUUCCGCAGAUUGACUAUACGGUCAAAAUCGGGUUCUCAAUCAGCACCAGUUCGUCGCUCAUUUACUAAAACAGUGACCUAUUCUAGCCCAACUACUCCUUCAGGUUGGCUGAACAAGAGUGCUCCAAGCAAAAUGUCUGAAGAAGGUGACCAAUUAGACUUUUCCCUGCUGGACGCCAUAAGUGAUGAAUUCAAGACCACCCGCACCGAUGAGAAAGAAAAACUGAUUGACCUGAACAACCGCUUUGUCAGCUACAUUGAGAAAGUAAGAUCUAUGGAGCAACAAAACAAGGUUCUUCAGGCUGAAUUGCAGGAACUGAAGGGAAAGGGCAGUUCCAAAAUUGGAUCUGUUUAUGAACAGGAGCUGAGAAGACUACGCCAAGAAGUGGACCAGAUCUCCAAGGAUAAAGCCAGAAUUGAAGUGGAAAGGGACAAUUUGUUGGAUGAUGUACACAAACUCAAAAACAAAUUGAGAAAUGAAAUACAACAACGCGAGGAAGCUGAAAACAACUUGUCAGAUUUCCGAGAGGAUGUGGAUGAAGCAACUCUGGCAUGUGUCGACCUGCAACGGAAAAUUGAUGCAUUGCAGGAUGAAAUUGCCUUCUUAAAGAAACUUCAUGAAGAAGAAAUCCGUGACCUGGAAUCACAAGGGCAAAAUCAACAGGCCAAGAUUGAGAUGGAUGUGGCUAGACCUGACCUUUCUUCAGCACUACAAGAAGCUCGUUCUCAGUUUGAUAAACUUGCUGCAAAGAACAUUACUGAAACUGAGGAGUGGUACAAAUCCAAGGUUUCUGGCCUAACUCAGAAUGUUGCUCGUAGCAACGAAGCCCUUCGCCAGGCAAAGCAAGAAGCAAGUGAUUACCGCAGAGAGGCCCAGGCACUCAAGUGUGAAGUUGAAGCUCUUAAGAGCUCAAAAGAUUUCCUUGAGCGUCAGAAGAAUGAAAUGGAGGAUCAGUUUAACAAGGAAACAGCCAAAUUCCAAGAAACAAUUGUUCAACUUGAAAAUGAAAUUCAAAGUAUGACUGAACAGAUGACCCAUCGUUUAUCUGAAUAUCAAGAUCUGCUGAAAGUUAAAAUGGCAUUAGAUGCUGAGAUCACAACCUACAGGAAAUUAUUGGAGAGUGAGGAAAACAGGUAUUCCAUUAUCUCCCCUCCUAGCCCUUUGCGCCUGCAAGGUGUAGAACUUGAACGAACCAAACCACCUGAAAUUCAAUCCCCCAAAAGGACACUGUCCAUGAAAACAAUUGAAAUGAAAGACGGAGAGAUACUCAGUGAGACCUCACAAGAGUUCGAACUGCAGAUAUCAGAUGCACCUACUGACUUGAAUGAAGAUUGAACUUCAUUAAAUCUACAAAUCCUGCAAAAUGAGAAUGGCAAUUAUCUUUGUAUGAAACAAAUAUGUUAACUUUCAUGGCUUUCUGGUUUUAUUUAAAGAGUUAUGUAUAGUAGGGCUGCAUUAGAUCAUUUAAAAAGUAAACUUUCAAUCAAAAUGUUACGCAACAAUAUAUUCGCUCACAGAUUUGAAUUUGAAGUCUUUAUUGCUUUACCCUAACGGCUAAUUGUAAACUUCUAAAACUAAUUAAAUAAAACUGCAUUGUUAAGAGAAAAACAGAUCAAAA